AUGAUUUCAAGAUACUCAAAAAUACCAAGUAGAUAUAUAAGAAUACUACCUAGAGUCUCCUCAACUUGUCUAAUAACUCAUCCAAUCAGGUACAAUUCAUCAACCACUACCACAAAAACAUUAAAGCCUUCAACUUUUGCAUCAUUCCCAGAACCAGAUUUACCAACUUCACAAAAUAUAGAUGAUUUUAAAUCAACUAAACUAGUAUAUGGAUCAACUAAAAAGACAAUAGCAAUAACAGAUAGAGCAAGUUCAAAAUUAAAUUCAAUCAAAUCACAAAACCCACAAGAUUCUGCAUUACAAAUUCAAGUAGAAAGUGGUGGAUGUCAUGGAUUUCAAUAUAAUUUAAAUUUAAUUAAUUUACAAAAUUAUUUAAAUGAAAAUAAAACGAAGGAUGAUAUUUUUGUAUUUGAAAAAAAUGGUGGGAAUAUAAUAUUAGAUGAUUCAAGUUUAACAAUUUUACAAGAUUCAAAAUUAGAUUAUACAAAAGAACUUAUUGGUUCACAAUUUAAAAUUAUUGAUAGUCCAUAUACUUCAACUGCUUGUGGAUGUGGUGCAUCUUUCGAUUUUGAUUUUGAAAAAUUAGAACAAAAGGAAAAAGAAAGAGAAAAUUAG